ACGACUCAAACUUCCUUGUACGAGCCCAGUGCGCUGCGCCCCAUCGCCCCGUCCGCAUCUCCAGCCAAAACCCCAGAGAACCACACGAGUUCUGUAUUAAAAAAAAAAGAAGAAAAAAAAAGGAUGGAGCUGACGGAAAAGAAAUGAGGAUUAUGCUGUAGACGGUCAUCCAAGUCCAGAAGAACACACACAUACAAACCUCAGAAGUAACUGUCGAAGUGAUCGGUUGAAGCUCGGAGGCACCAUGGGCUGCGUGGGCUCGAAGAAGGAGCAGGAGCCUCUCGGGAAAGGGACGACCAGCGACGACCAGCAAAGUCGCACGCAACCGGCCCAUUACGUCAAAGACCCCACCGUGGGAAACUUCGGAAACAAAGCUGGCAAACUGCCAUCCAAUGCAAACUCUUCAGAAGGAGAGAACAUCACCAUGGCGCUGUACGACUACGAGGCCAUCCACGACGGUGACCUCGGCUUCAAGAAGGGAGAUAAGCUCCGAAUCCUAGAGGAAUCGGGGGAGUGGUGGAAAGCUAAGUUAAUCAGUUCGGGUCAGGAGGGCUUCAUCCCCAGUAAUUAUGUGGCCAAAGACACACUGGAGGCAGAGGAGUGGUUCUUUAAAGGCGUUAGCAGGAAAGAUGCCGAGAGGCAGCUGCUGGCCCCUGGGAACAAAGCGGGAUCCUUCAUGAUCCGAGACAGCGAGACCACCAAGGGCAGCUACUCCUUGUCUGUGAGGGAUGGCGACUCCCACGCCGGUGACACGGUCAAACAUUACAAGAUCCGUACGCUGGACAAUGGAGGAUUCUACAUCUCUCCACGCAACACCUUCACCACACUGCAGGAGCUGGUCAGCCAUUACAAGAAGCAGGGAGAUGGCCUUUGCCAAAACCUGACCAACCCCUGCUUGAGCCCCAAACCUGACAAACCGUGGGAGAAAGACGCCUGGGAGAUACCGAGAUCUUCACUCAAAAUGGAUAAGAAGCUCGGUGCCGGCCAGUUUGGAGAAGUCUGGUUGGCUACGUACAACAAGCACACCAAAGUCGCAGUGAAGACUAUGAAACCUGGCAGCAUGUCAGUGGAAGCCUUCAUGGGCGAGGCCAACCUGAUGAAGUCUCUGCAGCAUGACAAACUGGUCCGACUCAAUGCUGUGGUCACCAUAGAGGAGCCCAUCUACAUCAUCACUGAGUUCAUGGAGAAAGGCAGUUUAUUAGACUUCUUGAAGAGUGAUGAGGGCAACCUUGUCCAGCUCCCCAAGCUCAUCGACUUCUCUGCCCAGACUGCAGAGGGCAUGGCAUACAUCGAGCAGAGGAACUACAUUCACAGAGACCUGAGGGCCGCAAACAUCCUUGUCAACAAGGCUUUGGUGUGCAAAAUCGCUGACUUUGGACUCGCUCGCAUCAUCGAAGACAACGAGUACACUGCCAGAGAAGGAGCCAAAUUCCCCAUUAAAUGGACCGCCCCUGAGGCCAUCAACUAUGGUUCUUUCACCAUCAAAUCUGACGUCUGGUCAUUUGGUAUCUUGCUGACUGAGAUUAUCAGCUAUGGACGCACACCAUACCCAGGAAUGACCAACCCAGAAGUCAUCCGUGCCCUGGAGAAGGGCUACCGAAUGCAGCGCCUUGACAGCUGUCCCACGGAACUCUAUGAAAUCAUGCUGGAGUGCUGGAAGAACAAGCCUGAGGACCGACCCACCUUCGAUUACCUGCAGAGUGUCCUGGAGGACUUCUACACAGCCACAGAGAGCCAGUAUCAGCAGCAGCCAUGAGGCCGAACAUCCACAGACAUGUUUUCUCUCAUAGUGCUGUUCUAUUCAUUCUUUACAGCAAGUCUAGGGUUAGGGUGGCUAGGGUUGAAACUUAAUUUACUAUAUGUUGUCGAAAGCAAAUCAUCACUUUUCCUAUCAUUUUAAUAAUAUUUUAAUUUGGCCCUCCUCACUUUGAAUGAGAACAUUUGAAAGUAAUAUCACCACACAAGAGAGACUAAGGAACGCAAAAUACAAAAACAGUGGUAACACUUUCUAUGAAGCCCACUCUAAUAAUGCAUUAUAAACAUGCAUGUAAUUGUAUUGUGUUUAUAGCACUGCAAAAUUAUAGUAGCAUGUGUAGCUAUUUGAAUUGCUUCUUUACAAGAAUCAUAACACAUUAUAAAGUAUUAUAUAAUGACUUAUAAGGUCACUCACUGACAUUUUUUUAAUAAUAAGGAUUGUCAUAGUGUAUUUUUAUUCCCAUAUUGGUCAACAAAAAAAAAAGAAAUAUGCUGAAAAAUAUCAUUAAAUCUAUGCAAGAACAACACCAAACAUUUUUUUUAUUCUUUUUUUUUAAUUUUCCUUAAAGCAUUAUGAAAAGAUUAAAAUCUAUUACAACAAAGAUCCUUGCAAAAAUGUCACCGAGUGAUCAUCAGGUAUGACGUUUUUAAGAUACUUGACCUUAUAAAUCAUUAUAAAAUGCUUUAUAAUGUGUAAUGAUUGUUAUAAAGCAUAUAUUUAUGAAUGCUUAUAACAAUAAUCAUCACCCCCACUGUGCUGUAAAAAAAACAUUUUCCCAAACAAAAAGAAAAGAUAAAAAGCUGUACAACUUUUCUACCCUCAUCCCUUUAUUAAUGUUUGUACAGUCCCUAACAUUCAAACAGCUUUCAAGGUGUUGUAUGCAGGAGGCCUCACUGUAACGGUACAUGCUAUGGCGUGUCACACACACACAAAAUAUAAUUUUACACAGGGAUACGGCCAUAUCGGCAAACAAACGAGAGCAGCCAGAAAGCAGGCGCAUGGAAAAAAGACUUGAUUAAUGUGUUGUGCUCCAGUGCACAAGGGAGGUAGGAUCACAACACACAGAUGUUGAUUGUGAAAGGUGUUGUCAACAACAUGGACUUUACAAAGUGCAAGAUAUACUGUAUGGAUGACAUAUGCUUAAAUCUUCUAUUUAUAUUCAAUAGAUAUGUUCCAGCACGGUGUGGCUUGAAAUUAGCAUUAUCCCUUCAUUGUGCCUUUUUCUGCCUCAACAUUUAUAAUAUAUUUGAUAUGCUCUGUAUAUAUAGUAUAUGCAAAUAAAUACAAUUAUUUAGAAAUAGGGUUUAACUUUAAGCCAUUUUAACUGAUAAUGAUUGUUGAAAAACUGCCUUUUGGCUCAGUAAACUUUUGUUCUGUAUUUGAAAAAUAAAUGAAGCAGUGCAAACCGGUUUUCCAAAUCUUUAGGCCUUCUGGUUUUCUGUAUGAAUUAAGUAAUUUAUUUGUGCAAAUGGUACUGAAUAUUAGUGUAUCUUGAAUGCAAUGAUCUUUCCAAAACUAAAUGCCUUUUUUAUCUUUCUUUUCUUUUUUCAGUGAAGGAUUUAUUACUGUGCUAUUUUUAUUUGAACGCUGUUUGGAUAAUGUGAAUGUUGUAUUGUUGGAAAUAGCAAUCUAAUUUGUGGACCAAGAUCCUUCAGAUUUUAAAGGGAAUAUUUUGAUGUAUUUAAAAUGUUGUCAUUUCAUGAUUUGGUUAUCUAUUUAGUGAGAACUGUGAGAAACAACAAAACUAUGUAACAACAAUCAAUGCCCAUGCGCUGUAUAUGUAUUCAUAGAGUUACUAAUGUUUUUGUGUUUUUCUUUAUCAAUAUAAAACUCAUUGCAUAUUUUGUUUUGAUAGAUGCUUGGCUCAAUACAACUGUAGUGAACAUUUUCAAAUAAAUUGUUUAAGAAACAAC